AUGUCUUCUGCCGCCUGUAUCUUCUGCAAGAUCAUCAAGGGUGAUAUCCCUUCCUUCAAGCUCUUCGAGAGCGACAAGAUCUUUGCUUUCCUUGACAUCCAGCCUCUGAGCCGCGGCCAUGCGCUCGUGAUCCCCAAGUUCCACGGCGAAAAACUCACUGAUAUCCCCGACGAGUACCUCAACGAAGUCUUGCCCGUUGCAAAGAAGCUCGCCCAAGCCGCCGAUGCCGAGGACUUCAACGUCCUCCAGAACAACGGCACGAUCGCCCACCAGGUUGUUCCACAUGUUCAUUUCCAUAUGAUCCCCAAGCCUAAUGAGACGGAGGGUCUCGGUGUCGGCUGGCCUGCCCAAGCUACGGACAUGGACAAGCUCAAGGCUCUCCAUGAGGAACUCAAGUCCAAGAUUUAG